AUGUUUUCAAUUCAUUUUUCUCCUUCUCCUAUUCAUUCUAUUCCAAGUUUUAAAAAAACCUACGAAAUCAGUCCUGUUCCCAAUACCAAUUCUUCAUCAUUCUCAUUAAAACAUUCAAAUUUAAAUGGUUCCAAUACUUCAAUCUCAACUACUUCAAGUAUCUUAAGUAAUUAUUUUAGAUCAAAUAGUAAGACUAAUCCUUCCCGUCAAAGGCAUGUUUCUCAAGGACAAAUAAUUACUUCAUCAUCAUCACCUCUUCCAUCAUUAAUUAUACCCUUUUCAACUACUAUUAGUGGUGAAAGUUCUAUACUUAAUCAAAAGCUUUCUGAUCCUAGUUCCCAUUUCAAACCUAUUGAUCAUAUUUAUAAUAAGUUCAAAUUAGAAGAUUCUCCUUUGGGGAUUGAUUGUCUUUUACAAUCUGCUGAUUCAACCGUCCUGAUUCAAAAUAGUAUCAUUAGUAUAAACUUUGAUAAUGAAAGUCUUGAAUUUGAUUUAAAAUUUCCUAAUUUUGAUAAUGAUGAUGACAAAGUUGAAUCUUCAACUGAGGUUACUAUUGGUGAUGCUGUUACUAAAGAAGUUAAACCAGAUUCUUUAAAAGAAGAGAAUAAUUGUGGGUCAGUUGAAAUUACUCCUGUGCAUAUAAAGAGAUUAUCAAUAUUUUCCAAAGUUAAAGGAUUAUGGACUACAAAACAUCAUAAAGAUAAGGAAGAUUUAUUUUUAGCUCCAUCUAUUCUUUCAAAUGAAGUGGUAUCACCUAGAAGUAGUUUUGAAAUGUUAUUUUCUCCCAUAUCUAUGAGAGUUCCAAUCAAGGAAAGUUUUAGACGUAGAACUUCAAGUUUUAGUUUAUUUCAACAUGUGGAAGAUCCAAAUUCUCCUGGUUUUAAGAAUAAGAACAAUAAUAAUAAUAAUAAUAAUAAUUCUAUAAAGUUUCAAGAUUAUGCUGAUAUGUUGGUUUAUAGUAAUCGAGCUCCUCCUACUCCUAUCAGUGAUCAAAUCCAAGAACCAUCAACAACUACAACCACAACAGAAGUGGUGGAAACUGAAGAAGAUAAUAAUAGUAUUCUGUCAAUUAAUCUGAUUCCUAAAGCCUUACCUAAAAGAAGACUAUCUAUUAAGAGAAGACAUUCCAUUUCAGUUAAGAGAUCAUUAUCAUUUUCAUUAUCGAAAAGAAGAAACUUGAGUGAUAGUAAUAAUACUACUACAACUACUACUACUAAUAAUAAUGAUAAUAAUGUUAUUGAAGCUGAACCUGAAAUUAAACUUCGAACCAAACCAUCAAUUUUAAAGAAUAAAAUCAAUAAGAAUUUCGAAACUGAAUAUAUGAACAGUAUAAGAGAUCUGUCGAUGAAUAUUGAAGAAUUCUUACAAAAAUUUGAAAAAUUUGAAAUGGAAAAGUAUUUAAAAGAAUCUCAACUUCCAGAUUUAAGAUUACAACAAUUAACUAAUUAUUAUAAUGCUAAAGAUGAAAAUCAAUAA